CGUAGAUUUACAGUCAAUUCAGACGUGUAUCUUUGCGUCAGACGGAAGUGUCCUACCAAACAGUUGAAACAUGAACAGUCCUAUGAGCCCUCGCUUGGUCUAAACUUGUUAUCAUGUUAUCAUCCGCCUUAAUGUUAGACUUCGAAAAUAAACAACUUUAUCCAGUGAUGGAUAGUGAGGCAGGCAUCACGUCCAUCGACCAGGGAGGAGAGUGGGACAUAAGCCUGUUCGAUGAGCUGGGCAACCUAGGAGAUGCAGAUGAGCUGUUUGAGGCCCUGGAGAAUGGUGGCUAUGCCAUUGAGGGUCCAGAUCUGGACUUUGAUAUCGACAUACCUCCAUGGAAUGCAGUGGACACAUGCAGCACCUGCACAGAUGGUGAGGUGAGCGUGGACUCUCUGUCACCUGCCCACACUCUGAGCUCUGUCCCCUCUCCUGCCUCUGUGGAAGCUUUGUCCCCUUACUCCUUACAAGAUGAGGCCCUGUCGCCACAGUCACAGCCCUCUCCCGUUUCAGUCUGCUCAGAGUCCAGUGACUUUUCUGAAAUCUCCUCCCCAGCUAAGAGAGCUCCAAAGAGGACCAGCCAGACUGCACGAGCUCAGCCAAUCAAGAGGCCGAUUCAGAUCGGCCCCAAAGUUUCCAUCCAGCCCAAACCGCUGAUUACAGCUGUGCAGUUGGCUCCUGCAGCAGCUCCCCUGCAGGCCAAGACUAUCAUCAUCCAGCCCCUGCAGACCACUGUGCUGCCUGUGGUCAAACCAGCUCAGGUCAACAUCCAACCAGCGCCUCCUCCAGGUCGCCCUGUAGUGCUGUCUCAGCCAAGCCAGGUGCUACAGAUCCAGACACCAAAGGCUGUCACCAGCAAUGUGGUCGCCAUGCCAACACUCAGCCAGGAGGGGCCUGUCCCUGUCGCUGCUCCAGCAGUGGUCUCCGUCACACUUCGAACCCCUUCCUCAGAUGAUGAUUCGAAGUUGUCCCAGAGGCAGCAGCGCAUGAUAAAGAACCGUGAGUCAGCAUCCCUGUCUCGGAAAAAGAAGAAAGAGUAUCUUCUGUCGCUGGAGGCUCGCCUGAAAUUGGCAUUGUCUGAGAAUGAGGCUCUCAAGUGUGAGAAUGGGAACCUCAAGAGACAGCUGGAGGGCCUGCUGAGUGAGAACACAGUACUAAAGGCGACAGCACCCAAGAGGAGAGCCGUGUGCCUCAUGGUGGUUUUGGUGUUCUUCGUGUUUAAUGUUGGACCAAUGAGUUUGUUUCAGGGUGACCCAGGCUCCAAGCUCGAAGUUGUUUCCAUGCAGCACAGCGGCAGACACCUGCUGGAUUUCUCCCCAGAGGCAGAAACUGAGGUCGUGAUGGGCCCCGAGCCCCUCGGCAGCGGCCCCCCUGAGAUGGCCGACAGCUCUGAGGAUAAGGCCCUGAUGGUGGUGAAGGAUCCCAUCUUCCUCAGACCUCCUCCCCCCUGCCAGCCUCCUGUUAACAGGACCAAGUGCAUAGAGUUGGCCCAUGAGUUGAGGGGUUGGGUCCACCGUCAUGAAGUGCAGCAGACCAAAUCCAGGCGCAUGAGUAACAGCAAUCACAAACCCACCAGGACCAUUCUGAAAGCAGAGAAAAAAGAGGCUGCCCAGAUUUUGACAGUCCAUUACACAGAAACUACUGAAGAAAAGAGCCCGGGCAGUGAGCUGCAGGUGUACUACGCACCUCAUCACACCUACAGUGACUUCUUUGAAGAGAUCAACCGUCGUGGCGACACUUUCUACGUGGUGUCCUUCCGCAGGGAUCAUCUUUUACUUCCUGCCACCAGCCACAAUAAAGGAAGUCGACCCAAGAUGUCUGUGGUAUUGCCAGCCAUGAACAUAAAUGACAGCAUCAUCAGGGACAAAGAGUUUGAGGUGAUGAUGCAGAUCGACUGUGAAGUAACGGACACUAAGAUCCUCCACAUCAGGUCUUCCACCAUCCCACCUUUGCUCCGGGUCAACCACACAGACAGGUUUUACCAACACUCCCAAACUGACAGUCAGGCCGCACCUCCCGUCGGUGUGCUAAUGGGGUCUGCCUAAGAUCACCAUCAGCACCUGUGUUAAUUAUAACUCCUCAACAAAACUCAUAAAGACGAACUCAAGAUAAAACCUGAGUUAACACUUUAUUUGAUUGAUGAAUCAUAGUUUAAAGCCGGUGUGCUCCCACUGACUUUAUGUUUGCGACUGAGAUGCAAAUGAAUGUGCUCUGCAGAAAUCAUUACAAUACAAAGCUAGCUCAAAGGUUUUCGGCAACAGUCAGCCACAUUCUUUAUUAGGACUGAUAUCUGGAGGUAGUCUGUAACAGGGUCUGAGCAGACACUAGGUCCUUGUGUGGCAAAACUGACUUUUCCCUGUGACCCCAGACGCCCCACAUAAGGGUAAUUGCUUAGCGGCAGGGGGCAGAGCAUUGAACCCUGAGUCACCCCAUCAUAACACAAAUACUUUUACCCCAUAGCAGCUCUCCUCAAGUCUACUCUUGUUUUUUGUUUUAGGACAAAGCUUAGAAAACAAAUUGGUAUAAACCUAAGAUUUACCUACUUCAAAUUUUAAUUAAGACAGAAAAAUACAUUUGUAAUAUCAGUUUUGAGAAGCACAACAAAUUCUGUGUUUGUUUCUUAGCUAGAAAAUGGAGUGCUGUAAUUGUCUCUCUUACUCAGUUUUAGUCUCUUUGACUCUCUAAAAAAAGCAAAUUUCAUUAGUGAAAGUUUAUUAGUGAGAUGCCAGAUUAGUUACACGCAGCACCAGGGGCAUUCAGUAAACUCAGGAAGUCAGGUGAUCUGUCAAAUCUAACAGGCUAACCACUAUGUUGUUGGUUGGUUUCCAUUUGGUGCUCUGUUUUUAGCAUUGUAUCGAUGAAGAAUUUCAGUUCUUAAUUUCGGGUCUUUGCACUGUGCUUCACUUAUAUUAUUGAGCAAAUUCAGAUACUGUACAUAUUUAUUUCAAUUAUUAUGUAACAGUAAUGGCAACUUCUGCGGUGUGAUGCAGUGUGAUGCAAAUUUUUAAAUAUUAAAAGAAAGGAAACAUAAGUGCAAAUGUAGAGACUGGGAGAGUUCUUUAGUGUCAGUUCACUGGCUGGACAUGCAGAAAUUUAAUCCUGGAAAAAUGUAUUGUCAUCAAGUUUGAAAUCCCCACUAAAAAAAGCCACUGUUUGUCAUAAAUAACCACUGGUGAAAAAAAUAUAGUUUGAGUCCUGACUUCUCCGUCCACCGGCUAAACUGCACUUUAUUUUGUGCACUUAACCACAUAUUGAAAUUUGAACCUACUGGAAAUUCUUAUUUUAAAAAUUGUGUGGAUUUAUGAUAGAUUUUAGUACUGAGUUGUUGGAAACAUUUGCACUAUAAAUGCAGAACCUGGGAAGUUGAGUUCUGGCUUUGAAUGCCUUAUUUUGAUGUGUCUGUAACCUUGUUUUGACUACCUGUAAUUUGGGGGUAAAAUUGAUAUUAAAUAAGAAAUUAUACAUCAUCAGAAUUGCUAACCUUCUUCUUAUUCCUGGCGAGAUUUUUGUAUAUGUUGAUAAAGCAACAUACUAUACUUCUGUAACUGAAAGUGCAUUUCUUUUGUGUACAUGAUGGUACAGAUGGUUACUUUUUAGCUCAACAAAUGCCUGUAAAAAUUGUUCAGAAAAAAAAAGCCUUUUACUUGUGUUGUUCUAAGCCAGGCCUUCUUUGUGUGUAAUUAUUUUCCCUCAUUUUGGUUUGAAAAAUAUAUUUUAUUCACCCAUUGUUUUCAAUACAUCCCGACAGUAGUUAUGGAGAAGAGUAUAAUAAAAAACUUGUGAGGUUUUGUGUUUUGUAUUCAAUUAUGUGCAUAAACCAAAAUAAACACUGGAUUUUUCUCUAACUAUACCUGUAUGUGCAUCUUUUGGGCUGUUGGGGG